GUCGAUCAGACUUCGAAUCAAACGGUCAACAAGAAACAACCAGUCAUCCUGCUGCUUAUCCCGAUCUCAUUCCUAGGAAUCCAUUGUGUGCUGACACCCCGCGCUACUAGUCCCAAACCAUGAGUCGAUUCGUUCGUCAAAGUUAUUACCGCCAUGUUUACGGCCAGCCAUCAAAGCGAGAGAUGUGUUUUGAUAACAUCAAGGUUUCUGCUUCAGCUUGGGACACUAAUUUGGCCGCUGCAAAUCCAAAGUUUCUCUCUGUAAACUAUCAAGCCUCUGGUGGGGGUGCAUUUCUUGUUGUACCUUUGACUCACACCGGAAAGCUACCCGACUUGUAUCCACUCUGUCGAGCGCAUACUGCACCUGUUCUCGACACUUCCUUUUCACCCUUCUCAGAUACCCUGAUUGCCUCAUCAGGCGAGGAUGGCAAGAUCGUACUCACCCACAUCGACGAGGACAGACUCACGGCUGCCCUCAGACUCGAGAAACCUGAAGUCAAUGACCUCGAACCCGUACUCAGAUUGAGUGGUCACGUCCGAAAAGCUGGUCAUGUCAAGUGGCAUCCCGUUGCUGAGAACGUCCUGGCCAGUACCAGUUUGGAAGUCAAGAUUUGGGAUGUUGAGAAAGCGGCUUGUGUUGUCGAACUUCCCCAGCAACCUGAUAUGGUCGGUAGCAUGAGCUUCAACUGGACCGGUACCCUCCUAGCUACGACCUGCAAAGAUAAAAAGCUCCGGAUUUAUGAUCUAAGAUCCGGUGAAUUAACCUCCAUGGCCGAUUCACACACAGGCAUCAAAGGAUCUCGAGUAGAGUGGAUGGGACGUCUCGAUAGAAUCUGUACGACUGGUUUCAGCAAGUUCUCCGACCGUCAAGUGUUUGUUUGGAACUCGGGAGACAUUUCGAAAGGGCCAAUCAAACAGUUGACCAUUGAUACCAGCUCUGGUACUCUAAUGCCCUUUUGGUCUGACAACGACAUUUUGUUCCUCGCCGGUAAAGGGGAUGGUAACGUUCGUUACUACGAGUAUGAAGCUGACGAACUACACUACCUCACUGAGUAUAAAUCAAGCGAGCCGCAACGAGGCAUGUGCUGGCUUCCGCGACGAGCGUUGAACACUCAAGACUGUGAAAUUGCUCGAGCUUACAAAGUGACAAACAAUCUAGUGGAGCCCAUAUCUUUCAUCGUUCCACGAAAGUCCGAUUCGUUUCAAGCAGACAUUUAUCCGCCGGCCUUAUCGGGGAAACCCGCGUUGAGUUCAUCGGACUUCUUUGCCGGAAAGACGGCCGAGCCGAUCCUUGUCAGUUUAGACAAUCUAUCCGAGACCGCCGCGCCGCCGAUCAAGUCUUCACUUUAUGCCAGUACGCCGGUUGUGCCGGGCUCGGGAGCCGUUUCGCCUGCUCUUCCUCCAUCAGAACCACCCGCACCCCGCUCGACCAGUCGAGCUCCUUCACCCGUCUCCACCAAACACGACCCUUUGCCUAGCUCAUCUCCCGCUAUCGAGCAGCCCCCCGUCUCACACCAACCUCCUCCUUCUUCCGUCGUUGCCCCCUCGGUUGAUGCUCACCCUGAACAAAGAUCUUCUAGCAGUUCCGCUGAUGUCGAUCAACUAACCAAGGAAAACCAAGAGUUGAAAGACGAAUUGGCGGAGAAAGAUUGUGUGAUUAGAAAUCUAGAACUACAAUUAGAGAAGUUCAAAACUAAUCAAAUGAAGAUAAUUGAAUUGAGUAAAAAUUCUCUCAAUUGAUUCAAACUCGAACAGUCCAAAUUAAUAGGAAGUGCAAGAAAAAAAAAAAAAAAACAACUGGGUUGAAUGAAACUACCCUUUGGUUCUUUUAUAAUACACUCACAUCAAUGGCUACUAAUUCAUACGUAAUCUUGCUUUGAUCAAAAUCCGAUGAUCACUGGAUUUGGUUCUUCUGGGUUUGUCUAAUCUGGAUAUUGUCAACAUUGAUGAUCAUGUUUAUGGUCUUUUUCUAUCAAACAUCCUGCUCCUCAAAUCCAAAUCCAAAUCCAAAUCAAUCAAUCAUAUCUCUACAUUCCAGUUUUGUUUUUUUGUCUUUGCUUUCAACUGUCCUUGUACCAUCCAUUUUUUUUCCUUCUCAUUAUUAAAUUAUUUUCUCCCCCCCUCAAAAAAAUGAACUACAUAAAACCUUUUUUUGUUGUUAUUGUUAUGUUCAAAAUUCCAGACAAUGUUUUGUUUUGUUGUUUUUCCUGCUUCUUUAUCUCUGAUUUGUUCCAAGAAGAAUGAAGCCAAGCCCCCAAACAAAAGUAGAAAGUGUAAAAAAACAUUCAAAAAGCUUCUUACAG